CGCCUUCCCGCCGGAGGGGGCGGGGGUGACGUCAUGCGUCUGCGCCAGCGGCGGCGCAUGCGCGGCGGGGCCGGGGACCGGAGCGGCCCGGACGGAGCCUGCGGGCGGGGGGCGCCGCCGCCUCCUCCGUCAUGUUCCGGUACCAGUCCCUGGAGGACUGUCCGCUGGACGAGGACGAAGACGCUUUCCAGGCCCUGGGGGAGGAAGAUGAAGAUAUUGAUCAGUUUAACGAUGACACGUUUGGAGCCGGGGCUGUUGAUGACGACUGGCAGGAGGCACACGAGCGGCUGGCGGAGCUGGAGGAGAAACCAGCGGUGACCAGGGAGCAGGAUGGAGCUGGUAAUGAGGAGGCGGAUCUGCUGGGGGAUCCCGAGGAUGUGCUGGCAGAGCGGCUGACCAGGCUGGUCAUCGACAGCGAGCUGGAGGACCCUGCUAUCAUGCAGGCCGUGCAGACCAGGGUCCCUGCACAGCAGCCUGGAGGGCUGAACUCCAGCAUCUGGGACAGCUCAGCCGUCCUGCGGCGGAUCCGGGGGCCGCUCCUCACUCAGGAGAUGCCAUCGGUGUCCGUGCUGGACUAUGCUCUGCCCCAGAGACCCCCCCAGCCUCGAGAAGAGGAGCGGGACCCCUCGGAGCGAGCGUUACCCCGCCGGUCCUCGUCCCCUGUCAUCGGGAGCCCCCCUGUCCGGGCUGUCCCCAUCGGCACCCCACCCAAACAAGCUGCUGCCCCCAACUUCAACCAGCAGAUCCUGUGCCCAAAGCCCGUCCACAUCCGAGCGGCCGUGCAGCAGCGUUAUCCCCCUCCCUACGGCGACAGGAUGUCCCCAAACCAGCUCUGCAACGUACCGAAUUCCUCCAUCCUGGGCCACCCAUUCCCCCACAGCGUCUCUCCUGUCCUCACCCACCUGCAGCGAGCACAGCUGCUUGGAGGAGCCCAGGCCGGCCGAAUGUCCCCCAGCCAGUUUGCCCGGGUCUCCGGUCUGGUUGGGAACCCCCUCCCCUCCGUCAACCCCAAGUUACUCCAGGGCAGAGUCGGGCAGAUGAUGUCUCCGGCCAGCGGCUUUCGUGCCUUUUUUGGGGCUCCCCCUGCUCCGCCUCCCUCGCAGCCCCCGCCGGGCCCCGGAUCCCACCUGCAGAGCCUGAGGCCACAGCCCCAAAUGUUUCGGCCGGACACGACCCACCUGCACCCCCAGCACCGCCGGCUCCUGCACCAGCGGCAGCAGCAGAACCGAAACCAACACCGCGGCCUCAACGGCUCGGUGGGGGACCGAGGGGGUCACCGGAGCGGUCACCAGGAGCAGGCGCGGAAAGACCCCUACGCCAACCUCAUGCUGCAGCGGGAGAAGGACUGGGUGGCCAAAAUCCAGAUGAUGCAGCUGCAGAGCACUGAUCCCUACCUGGAUGAUUAUUAUUACCAGAAUUAUUUCCAGAAGCUGGAGAAGUUGGCUGCGGCCGAGGAAGUUCAGGGCGAUGGCCCCAAAAAGGAACGGACGAAACUCAUCACCCCCCAGGUGGCCAAGCUGGAGCACACCUACAAGCCAGUGCAGUUCGAGGGUUCGCUCGGGAAACUCACGGUCUCCAGCGUCAACAACCCUCGGAAGAUGAUCGAUGCGGUGGUGACGUCCCGUGGGGAGGAUGAUGAGACGAAGGAGAAGCAGGUUCGGGAUAAGAGACGGCAAACCCUCGUCACCAUCGAGAAGACGUACAGUCUCCUCCUGGACGUGGAGGACUACGAGCGCCGCUACCUCCUGAGCCUGGAAGGCGACCGGCCGGCGCUGAUGGGCGAGAGGAAGCAGAAAAUCUGCGACAUGUACGAUAACCUGAGGGGGAAAACGCCCGGGCAGGAGAGGCCCAGCGACGAUCACUUCAUGCAGAUCAUGUGCAUCCGCAAAGGCAAACGCCUCGUCGCCCGCAUCGUCCCCUUCUUGUCACCCGAACAAGCGGCCGACGUCCUCAUGGCCACCGCCCGAAACCUGCCCUUCCUCAUCAAAAAAGACGCUCAGGACGAGGUGCUGCCCUGCCUGCUGAGACCCUUCUCACAUGUUCUGUAUCACCUGCCCUUGGGGACGGUCACCAGCCUGGUGCAGCAGUUAACCAACCUACCUCAGAAGGGGGGGACAACGACCCCCCCCAACCCCCACCUCACUGCCGUGCUCCAAAAUAAGUUUGGUCUGUCCCUCCUGUACUUGACCUUGAGCCGGGGGGAGGAACUGCAGAGCUCGGACACCAACGCGGAGCUGCUGCGGGACAACCAGUGGACGGAGCUGAUGCUCAUGGCCACUCGGGAGCUGCUGCGGAUCCCGGCGGGGGCUCUGGCCAAACCCGUGGCCCCCCCCUCCAAUCUGCUCGCCCUCUUCUCCCGCUACGUCGACCCCCAGAAGCUGAACCUGCUGGAGACAAAAUUGCACUUGGUGCACGGGAUCCGGUAGGACAUCGCUGCCGCUCCGGAAUGUUCCAGAAGAUGGAUUGGGGGGGGGAACAGACGCUUCUCCCCUCCCCCCAACACCCAGCGUGGCGGGACGGUGCGUCCCCCCCCUCAGUGAUCUGGUUUGGGGGUGUUUGGCUGCUCCCUACCCCUCCCAAAGUGCUGCAUCCCCCCCAAACGCUGCUGCUUCCCCCCCAUCACUGAGGAAGGUGUUGGGGGGGUCUGGGACAAGCCCCCCCCCCCCAACCCCACCUCCUCCCCACCCCCCCCCCGAGCACUGAGGUUCCCCCCACCCGCACACACCUUUUUUUGCACAUUUGCCUCUGUCUUCCCCAAAAAUUGCUGCCCCCCCCGCGGGGUCAGGCCCAGCAGCGCCGGGGGGGGCUCAGCCGGUGGAUUCUGCUGUUUCUGCUCUAUGGGAAUGUGCUGGGGGGGGGGAAUUUUAAUUAAUUUUUUUUUUUUUUUGCUUUUAAGAAGAAGAAAAACCAAGAGAUUUGCACAUUUAGGGGUUUUACAACCGGUAACUCCCUCCCUGGCAUUAACCAGCGCCCCCCCACACUGAUCAAGUGAAAAGUUCCUUCCCCACCCCACCCCCCCACCCACCUCCUUCCAGUUUUUGGUUCUGGCAAAAUGAGAAUUAAAAAAGAAAAAAGUUUCUAAAAAAUUUACAUUUUUAUAGGGGAUUGUAAAUAAAGAUGAAUUGUGUAAUAC